AGGUUGCUUGAACGCAAACUUUACGCGCCAGGUUCUUGAGCGUUUAAUGUUUGUAAACGCGUUCACGAUUAAUCAGACUGAUUUGAACUGAAACACAAUGAGUAAAAAGGGCAAUGUGUCGUGGGUGAAGCCAGCCGAACCAUCGUUCUUGAAGAAAUUCAAGAAUGAUGUUGGUUUUAAAGAAGGACCGACAGUAGAGACUAAAAAGCAGCAGAUGCCGCAGCUGGAUGAAGACAGUGGUGACAGUGAUCGGGAGGACGAGAUGCCGCAGGUCGUGGUCUUGAAAAAGGGAGAUCUGAGCGCUGAAGAGGUUAUGGAAAUCAAAAAAGAUACAAAGGAUUCAAACAAAGAUGAACAGCCUCAACCGGAUGGGAAGAUCGUCUUUAAGAAGCCUGUCAAACGCUCUUCUGAUAAAUUUGAAGGCAUUACCGCUAGCUCUAGCAAGAAAAAGAAAAGCGAGGACGGUGAGAAGAAAGAGUCAAAAGCUGGCGUGAAGGUGAAGAACAACAGUCUGCUGUCUUUUGGUGGCGAUGACGACGACGAGGAAGACUAGUUUGACGUGGAUUCAAGCAUCUCUUUGAGUCAGAUUGUCUUGGACUGCUUCUUGCAAAGAUCAAUCUGCUCUUUUAAAAAUGUAUUUCUUUGUGCGUGUGUGUAAAAUAGAUGUUUGUAAAAUCGGUCAAAUCCAUGCAGCUUAUUUGUUAUCAUUUUUAAAACAUGCAAGUUAUUAUGAGCCUCUGGAGCAUCUUCAAAAGCUGGUAGGACAAACAAUAAAUAAUUUCUUCGGCAUUAUCGUAACUGUCAUUAAUGACACUUUUGAAAGAUUUAUGAAGAUGAUGGCUCGAAAGAGAAACAAAAACAUUUGUCAAUUAAAAAUGCAAAUAUGAUAGAACAUGGAGCAAAGAAUUUGAUUUCAAAGAUGCUCUGAAGUUUCAUAGAAUCAUUUUGAAAUCCAACGGGAUGUACAGAUAUGGCUUCUAUGAAGGAGCUGUUCACUUUCCUUUUCCUUGUUUUAGGUUUUUGUUUUGCAAACUGUUCACACUCAAAGUCCCUGAUUCUGGGACGUUUGGGGUUGUAUCUUAUUAUUAAAUACAUUUUGAGGAAAGAAAAAAAAAAAGCACAUUCUGCAAUAAAAUGUUUUUAUCACCA